GGAAGGCUCUUUCCAAGAUGGCGUUUCGCGUGGCACUUCGUCGAUUUGGUGUCAGCCUGGAACAAAUAGGAAUUCGCCACAACUAUGACAGUACCAGGAAUAAUCUUUUAAUUGGUAAACACACCAAAGUUAUUUGUCAAGGCUUUACUGGAAAACAGGGAACUUUCCAUAGUGAACAAUCAAUUGCUUAUGGAACACAGAUGGUUGGGGGUGUUUCUCCGGGGAAAGGUGGUCAGACUCACUUAGGGCUUCCUGUAUUUGACAGUGUGAAAGAGGCCAAAGAUGAAACUGGUGCAAAUGCCACAGUGGUUUAUGUACCACCUCCGUUUGCUGCAGCUGCUGUAUUAGAAGCAAUUGAAGCUGAAAUUGGUUUAAUUGUGUGCAUAACAGAGGGAAUACCUCAACAAGAUAUGGUGAAAAUCAAACACAAAUUAGAACGGCAAGAUAAAUGUAGAAUGGUUGGUCCUAAUUGCCCAGGAAUAAUCAAGCCAGGAGAGUGUAAAAUUGGUAUCAUGCCAGGUCACAUACACAAACCUGGAAAAAUAGGUAUUGUGUCAAGAUCAGGAACUCUAACGUAUGAAGCUGUCCAUCAGACGACUGAGGUUGGGCUUGGACAGUCUCUGUGUGUAGGUAUUGGUGGAGAUCCUUUUAAUGGAACAAACUUUAUGGAUUGCCUAGAUGUAUUUUUAAAAGACCCAGAGACAGAAGGUAUUGUCCUGAUUGGUGAGAUUGGAGGAGGUGCUGAGGAAAAAGCAGCUGAGUUUCUUCAACAGCAUAAUCAGGGAGAGGAUGCCAAGCCUGUAGUGUCAUUCAUUGCUGGGGUCACCGCACCUCCUGGAAGGAGAAUGGGUCACGCCGGUGCAAUUAUCGCUGGUGGUAAAGGAACUGCUGAACUCAAGAUAAAAGCUCUUAAAGAUGCAGGUGUUACUGUGACGUUAUCACCAGCACAAAUGGGUAACACUCUGAAAAAGGUUUUUGAUGAACGAGCCCUUGCUGACAGGAUGUAAUUAAUACUCUACUUAUCAUUUUUAAUAAGAUCUACCUGCUUGGUAUUGACUGUGCAAGUGAAACUUGAUUUCUUUGUUUAAAAAUGAGCAAUUUUUUCUGUUGUCACACAGUGGAAAUCAUGUUUCUGAGAAAGCUUGAGGAUGGUUGUAUUACUGCAACAAAAGACCAACUGAAAACUAUUUUUCUUUCUGAUGUUCUUUAAAAAGCAAAAAAAUUGAAAGUGGGAUUGAAAAGUGAUAUAGCUCGAGAUGAUUUUUUUUAUUAUAUGGUGAAUACCUUAUUUGUAAUAAUCUAGACUGCCUCAUUAGUUGCAUAUUUUGUCACUUAAUAAUUAUUCAAAGCGGUGACUGUUAUAUUUUUAAGAGGUGUAAAGUUAUAUCUCAUCUAUUGCAAUAACCUUGAGUGCAAGUACUCUAAAGCAACAAAUUUACAUCAUUUGCUGUCAGGGCAGUUGAUCAGUAACCUUCAGUGUUGUAUUUCACUACUGAUAUUUGAACUGUUGUAGAACUUAAUUUUAUUGCAUCCCCUCUUGACUUUGAAGUACAGAAAAAUUUUACAUUCUGAGAGA